AUGGCUGCCCCACAGCAGGGACCCCGGCCCCGGGGACCAGCCACCCAGGGCAUCUCCAGUCACACCCCGUCUCUCUCAGGUGACUUUGGCCUGGCCACCAAAGUGGAGUACGAUGGAGAGCGCAAGAAGACCCUGUGUGGGACCCCUAACUACAUCGCCCCGGAGGUGCUGGGCAAGAAGGGGCACAGCUUUGAGGUGGACAUCUGGUCCAUUGGCUGCAUCAUGUACACUCUGCUGGUGGGGAAACCGCCUUUUGAGACGUCUUGCCUCAAAGAAACUUACCUCCGGAUCAAGAAGAACGAGUACACUAUUCCCAAGCACAUCAACCCCGUAGCUGCUAACCUCAUCCAGAAGAUGCUGAGGUCCGACCCAGCCACGCGCCCCACUAUUGACGAGUUGCUGAAUGACGAGUUCUUCACGUCGGGGUACAUCCCCAGCCGCUUGCCCACCAGCUGCCUCACCGUGGCACCGCGCUUCUCCAUCGCUCCCAGCAGCCUUGAGAUGAACGGGCGGAAGCCUCUGACUGCACUCAACAAAGGACCAGACAGCCCUGCUCUGGAGAACUUGCCUGAAAAGGAAGAUGCAGCUGGGCUGCGGGAGCCGGGAGAUGCUGUUGGCUGUCACUUAGCUGACAUGUUACAGCAGCUGACUGCAGUCAACUCAUCCAAGCCUUCUGAGAGAGUGGCAGUGAGACAAGAAGAAGCUGAAGACCCAGCCUGCAUUCCCAUCUUCUGGGUUAGCAAAUGGGUGGACUACUCAGAUAAAUAUGGUCUAGGUUACCAGCUGUGUGACAACAGCGUUGGAGUUCUCUUCAACGACUCCACUCGGCUCAUUAUGUACAACGACGGGGACAGUUUGCAGUACAUCGAGCAGAACAGCACCGAGUCCUACUUCACUGUGAGAUCCUACCCCUCUGCCCUCAACAAGAAGAUAACACUAUUGAAGUAUUUCCGGAACUACAUGAGCGAGCACUUGCUGAAGGCGGGCGCCAACAUGACGCCGCGGGAAGGGGACGAGCUGGCCCGAUUGCCCUACCUCUGCACCUGGUUCCGCACCCGCAGCGCCAUCAUCCUGCACCUCAGCAACGGCACCGUGCAGAUCAACUUCUUCCAGGACCACACCAAGGUCAUCCUGUGCCCUCUCAUGGCUGCUGUCACAUACAUAGAUGAGAAACGGGACUUCCGCACGUACAAGCUGAGCCUCAUCGAGGAGCACGGGUGCUGCAAGGAGCUGGCCAGCCGCCUGCGCUACGCUCGCACCAUGGUGGAGAAGCUCCUCAGUUCAAAGUCUGUCUCAGCCCGUCUCAAACCCUCUGCUUAGACCUUGUUCUCGACGGACUCAACACCUGUGCCAAACUGUCCCAGCUGUGGAGGGGGAGGUCUGGCAGCGUCCCUGCUCCCACUGUCACCUCCUGUCACACAGCUGGGCUCCCGCUCCUGGGCAGGGUCUGGUUUGCCCCAAGGAAGCCCCUAAUGCUGUGGGAAUGGUGUUCUUUGCUCUGACUGGUAUCCAAAGAGUUUCUUGCUCCCCAUUCCCACUAGAAAUUUCAUACCUAGUCUUUUAUUUUUUUUCUUUAACUUCCCAAAGCCAAAAGCCUGACUCAAAACACAACCCUCUUGUUUGGGGCUCCUGGGCCUUGAGAGAACAGAGCACAGGGAGAGCAGAACUGUCAUGUAAGUUAUUUGUACAUGUCUCUGGUGAUGCUCUAGGCUUUUGUUUGCUCUUGUAGAAAUUCAGGUAAGAUAUUUAACGUGCCCAGGGUGAGACUGAGCAAUCAGCCUUUUAAUACUGAAAUUAAUCUACAUAAAACCUGAACUUUUGUAUAUUGCAUAACUCGAUUAAAGAUUUUU